CAUGGGCAACACUGUGGAUAAUGUCUUACUGCUCAAUGACACCGUUGUCGAGGAUCUGGGCAAGUAUUUAUCUUUUCAUAAGGACCGAGCUGAUGCAGAUAACAUGUCUGGAUUGUCAGCCGCCUUUGUCCAGGCCAAAGUAGAUCAUGAGAACGCCGUGGAAGCGGUGUGUGUACGACUGGGUGUAGCGCUAAGUAGUUUAGAUGCGUGGAAUGUGGGGAAACGGAUUGAAUUAAAAUAAGUUGUAUACAU